AUGGGCAAGAAGCAACUUCCGACUACUUUUAUUGAUUUAUCUAAGCUACCAAACCCUACAGUAAAGGAGGGGAAAACUGCAGUGGUUAUUCCUGAUGAUUUCUAUAAUGAGGGAUGCAAAUUAUGGAGGUUCAGUUUCAUAGGUCGUUUGGAUCUGAAAGGGAUUAACUUUCAAGAUGUGAAAAAUAGUUUUGAACAACAAUGGAAAUUAGGUCAGGGCCGAGUUCAGUUCGUUCCCAUGAACAGAGGCUUUAUUAUCAUUAAGUUACAUUCUCAAGAGGACAAAGAUAAGCUACUUAAUGUUGAAGCUUGGCUUUUUGAUCAGCAAAAACUCAAUCUCAUGGAAUGGUUUCCAGGGUUUGAUGCAUAUAAACACAACACUUCUCAUGCUACCGUAUGGGUCAAGUUUCCCGGCUUGCAUGUGGAGUUCUGGAUUUUUUUAAAAACCUUGUUAUCCAUUGGGAAAACCCUAGGAACACUCAUUGUAGUUGAUAAACGUACUCUUGCUCAUGAGUACGGUCACUUUGCUUCGGUCCUAGUAGAUAUAAACUUUGUUGAACUCAACACUAAUGCUAUUCAUGUGACAGUUGGUGGUUUGGAUUUCUGGCAGAAAUUUGAGAUUCAAAAGAAGCCCAAGUUUUGUUCUAAGUGCAAGAUGAUUGGUCACACUGAUUCAGAGUGCUGGAAAAAAAACGAAGAGCAAUGUGAAUAA